GCAACACAUUUUGUUCCUAACCACCAAGCAUGGCCCUUUGGGAAUAGAAUGGCCAAUGUAAUUUGACACUUCAACUUACUGUGCUCUCUAUCUUAGUUGAUUCACCCACUGACGUUGAGCCCCAGUCAUUCUCAGUGGUAGUCACUAGAGGAAGAUCAUUAAAAAAAAAUAAAAAAAAAACAAGAUCCUGAAUAUUACUAAAGAGGACUUUCUCCGAGUCGUUUCGCCACUCGCUUUAAAUCUGGAGCAGCAGAAUCUGGGGCGGAGGACCAAUACCUGACAUGGGGGGGUGGGGGGGUCUGAGGUGGCGGCAGACAGAGAGACACGGAGGAAGAAGAAUCCAGGGUUUACAGUCAACACAGAGGUCACUAGUUUAAUGGCUGGAAGGUAGAGGUCAAAGAGGGACAUAAUGACCUCCAUUCCGUCGAUGGACAGGCACAUACAGCAGACCAACGACCGUCUGUUAUGUAUCAAACAGCACUUACAGAACCCCGCCAAUUUCCAGACGGCAGCGACAGAGCUGCUGGACUGGUGCGGUGACCCCCGGGCCUUCCAACGACCCUUUGAGCAAAGCCUGAUGGGAUGUCUAACGGUGGUGAGCCGGGUGGCAGCGCAGCAAGGUUAUGACCUGGACCUGGGGUACAGGGUCCUAGCAGUGUGUGCUGCCAACAGAGACAAGUUCUCUCCCAAAUCAGCAGCCUUGUUGUCGUCUUGGUGUGAGGAGCUGGGUCGUCUCCUCCUCCUCCGUCAUCAGAAGAACAGACAGAACGAACCACCCCAGGGGAAGGUUCCUAUGCAGCUCACCAUGCACUCCAUGAAGCCCACCCUGUCACACAGUGAUGGGUCUUUUCCCUACGACUCAGUACCAUGGCAACAGAACACCAACCAGCCGCCGGGUUCUCUCUCCGUGGUAACGACCGUCUGGGGUGUGGCCAACACCUCGCAGAGUCAGGUGUUGGCAAACCACAUGGCUAACAGCGGUAACCCCAUGAUCCCUGGUGGUAACCCCAUGGGUCAGGGGGGUAUGUCUGGGAACAACCAGGGGAUGAACUCACCCCAGUUCCCAGGCCAGCAGCAGCAGUUCCCCAACAAGGGCCAGCAGAACCAGGCUUACAUGCAGCAGGACCUGUACGGACGCCAGGGCUACCACGGGGGAGGAGGAGGCUUCGGGGGAAGUGAUUACCCUGGAGGUCCUAUCUCUGGUCCUGGUGGCGUGGGCAUGCCCCCCCAUCCUCGUCCCCCUAGCGACUUCACCCAACCUGCUGCUGCCGCCGCCGCCGCAGCUGUCGCCGCGGCAGCCGCCACUGCCACCGCCACUGCCACGGCAACUGUUGCCGCCAUGCAGCAGGACACUCAAAACAAGGACAUGAACCAGUAUGGACCGAUGACUUCGUCGUUCCAGAUGGGGCCCAGCCAGGCUUACCAGAACCAAUUCAUGAACCAGGGGCCAGGGGGCCCCAGGGGCCCUCCAUCCAUCCCAGGGAACAUGGGCCCCGGUCCGGGCAUGAACCCCUCCAACAUGGUCUCCUCCCACAUGGGAAUGAACCAUCCCCGGCCCCAGGGGAUGGUGCCCUUUGGAGGCCACGUUGCCCAGAGAAUACCCCAGCAGGGAUACCCAGGAUCCAGGCCUCAGGGUAUGGGCAUGCAGGGUGUGAAGAGACCCUACCCUGGAGAGCCUAACUACGGAGGGCAGCAGUAUGGUGCAGGACCGAACGGCCAAGGGUUCCCCCAGCAGCAGAACCAGUACCCCACCCACACCCCCAACCCCUCCAGGCCACUCCCGUCCCCCAACUACCCAGGCCAGAGAAUGCCUGGUGGGCAGCAGAUCCAGGGCCAUUACCCCCCUCCUGGAGGGGCCAUGGGACAGUACUACAAGCAAGAGCCUUUCAACGGUCAAAGUAACAACUUCUCUGGGAGUGGAUAUCAGUACAGCCAAGGCAAUAUGAAUGGGCCUCCUCGACCGGUGGGUUACUACCCCCACUCCCCGGUGCAUGGCAACCCGACCCCGCCCAUGACCCCAGGAAGUAGUAUCCCUCCCUACAUGUCUCCAAAUCGUGACGUCAAGCCCCCCUUCCCUCCAGACAUCAAACCAAAUAUCACCGCUCUUCCUCCUCCUCCAGCCAACCCCAACGAGGAGCUGCGUCUGACCUUCCCGGUGAGGGACGGGGUGGUCCUAGAGCCCUUCAGACUGGAGCACAAUUUGGCCGUCAGUAACCAUGUCUUCCACCUCCGCCCCUCUGUACACCAGACCCUCGUGUGGAGGUCAGAUCUGGAGUUGCAGUUUAAAUGUUACCAUCACGAGGACCGACAAAUGAACACCAACUGGCCUGCCUCGGUCCAGGUCAGUCAGUGUUAGCACGCCACACCCCUCACCAUCGAGCGCGGCGACAACAAGACGUCCCACAAGCCCCUGCACCUGAAACAAGUCUGCCAACCAGGAAGGAACACCAUCCAGAUCACAGUUACCGCCUGCUGCUGUUCUCACCUGUUUGUACUGCAGCUGGUCCACAGACCCUCUGUACGAUCCGUCCUGCAAGGCUUACUGAAGAAGAGGUUACUGCCUGCAGAGCACUGCAUCACCAAAGUUAAGAGAAACUUCAGCAGCGUAGCGGCGUCCUCUGGGAACACCACUCUGAACGGCGAGGACGGUGUUGAACAGACGGCCAUCAAGGUCUCCCUCAAAUGUCCAAUCACCUUCCGGCGGCUCCAACUUCCAGCCAGAGGUCAUGACUGUAAACAUGUCCAGUGCUUUGAUUUGGAAUCCUACUUACAGUUGAACUGUGAGCGAGGAACGUGGCGAUGUCCAGUAUGCAAUAAAACAGCGUUGCUAGAGGGACUAGAAGUUGACCAGUACAUGUGGGGGAUUCUUAAUGCCAUCCAAAACUCGGAGUUUGAGGAGGUGACCAUAGACCCUUCGUGUAGUUGGAGACCUGUGGCCAUCAAGUCUGAUAUCCACAUCAAGGAGGAUCCAGAUGGACCCAUGGCCAAGAGGUUCAAGACCAUGAGCCCCACCCAGAUGACCCUGCCCAACGUGAUGGAGAUGAUCGCCCUGCUCGGCCCAGGGCCCUCGACCUACCCGCCCCAACAGGGGGGCAACAACAGCGAAUACGGAAGCCAUGGUAACAGUUACCAGGGCCACAGCGGGGGCUUUGACUUCCCCCAUGGGAACCCCGGUGGUACGACCAUGAACGACUUCAUGCACGGCCCCGUUCUGUCCCACCCGCCAAACAUGGCACAGGACAAACACCUCACACACAGCAUGCCUGACUCUAUACCUCAUCCUACCAUCACUGACCAGUCCCACAACUUGUUACAGCAUAGCGUACACGCCCAAUCUCACCCCGGCAGCCAAUCGGGACAGCCGUUGCAUCACAGUGGACCUCCUCAGCCGUCACGACAACAGGCUCUGCCCCCACAGCAACAACAGCCCGGCCCUAACAAUCACCCUCUGCAUCACGGUGACCCCUUAGAGGGACUGGGUGGAGGGCUCCCAGAUAUGCCCGAACCUUCCUUGGAUCUCCUCCCAGAGCUGGCUAACCCAGAUGACUUGUUGUCUUACCUGGAUCCUCCAGACCUCCCGAGCAGUAGCAACGAUGACCUUCUCUCGCUCUUUGAAAACAACUGACUCUGAUUCUAGAUCAGUUCAUUUUAAAAAAUGUACAAAAAAAAAAACACUUAUAGGACUGCCUGGAGUUGGACCUAUAACAUCUGACCUGAGACCUGCUCCAGUACUUGACAAACACAAAGAUGCACUCCCUUUCUCCUUUUCCCCUUGUACAGUUUGCAUUGAUUCUCCAGCAGACUGACUGACAGACUGACUGAUUGACUGAACAAUGUUUUAAAACUCAAAAAGACAUAGCAGGACAGGGUAGGGCAGUGAGUGAUGUCUGCCUCCCUGCAGCGCCCCCAUGUGACCAUCGAUGAUACCAGCUAUCUGAUAUUCAGUUCAUUUUGUAUGCCACCAGUGUCUGUGUGCACAUUUAGGAAAGUGUUGAUGCGUUUUUUUUAAAUUCAUAUUUUGUUUCCUUUUAAAGAAAAUAAAAGAGGAAUUCAUUAAAUAUAUAAGGGGGGGGGGAAACAUAUUGGAAAAACAAAAUGUCCUGCACUAUCUGGCCAGUGUUUGUAAUGUCCACGUUAUUGUUUCACCUUAUAAGACUCAGCGUCUCAGCUUCCUGUUGUCCCAAACGUUGUCACAGUUACUGUUCCCGGGACUGGUUACUACGUCUGUCUGUCUGUCUGUCUGUCUGUCUGUCUGUCUGUCUGUCUGUCUGUCUGUCUGUCUGUCUGUCUGUCUGUCUGUCUGUCUGUCUGUCUGUCUGUCUGUCUGUCUGUCUGUCUCUGUCUGUCUGUCUGUCUGUCUGUCUGUCUGUCUGUCUGUCUGUCUGUCUGCCUGUCUGUCUGUCUGUCUGUCUGUCUGUCUGUCUGCCACUGCACGUCAUGUGAAAGCACAAGAUAUAACAACACAUACAUCUCAAAGGGAACAAAACACAUUUAAAGUGACAUCUUUUUCUAACACCAAAACAUUUAACCCUACAACAUAGACAUUUAUAAUCUCCAAUCAGAGAAAUACAUUUUCGUACUGUGACUAUCUUGUUUCUUUAUUAUCCUGGACAGAGUAGAGUCACCAAUUGAUUGAUUAAUUGAUAGUCAUCAAUGGUAAAGGAAAGCAGACCUGGGAGAAUGAUGUUUGUUACCAGGGUUUGGGUCGAUUUGAAAUGAAGGCAGUCAAUUCAGGAAGUUAACUAAAAUUCCAAUUUAAUCAUUAAUUCCAAUUAAAUAAUUAAAACAGGGCAUAUAUUUUCAAUUACUCUCAAUUAGCUGAAAAAGGAGAAGCUAUUUAACUAUGUCAACAUAUCACUUCCAGAAUUGAUUGACAUCAAUUUGAAUUGUUCCCAACCCUGUGGGUUACUAUUUGAGUUUCCUGUCAGGCCGAUAUCAAGCCAGUUAGAGCUCCUAUCUUAUCCGUCUUUCUUCUGUGCAUGCACCACCUGGUGUUGCUCCUCUCAUCAUUCUGUCUUCUCUGCAUGCACCACCUGGUGUUGCUCCUCUUAUCAUUCUGUCUUCUCUGCAUGCACCACCUGGUGUUGCUCCUCUUAUCAUUCUGUCUUCUGUGCAUGCACUGCCUGGUGUUGCUCCUCUUAUCAUUCUAUCGUUUCUGCAUGCACCGCCUGGUGUUGCUCCUCUCAUCAUUCUGUCUUCUCUGCGUGCACCGCCUGGUGUUGCUCCUCUUAUCAUUCUCUCUUCUCUUCAUGCACCGCCUGGUGUUGCUCCUCUUAUCAUUAUGUCUUCUCUGUGUGCACCGCCUGGUGUUGCUCCUCUUAUCAUUCUCUCUUCUCUUCAUGUACCGCUUGGUGUUGCUCCUCUUAUCAUUCUCUCUUCUCUUCAUGCACCGCCUGGUGUUGCUCCUCUUAUCAUUCUCUCUUCUAUUCAUGCACCGCCUGGUGUUGCUCCUCUUAUCAUUCUCUCUUCUCUUCAUGUACCGCUUGGUGUUGCUCCUCUUAUCAUUCUCUCUUCUCUUCAUGCACCGCCUGGUGUUGCUCCUCUUAUCAUUCUCUCUUCUAUUCAUGCACCGCCUGGUGUUGCUCCUCUUCCCAUUUUACAGAGCUGCGUCUCUAGCUCUCCCUGUUGAAUUCUGUUAUUAGUAAUAAUAAUAAAAAGUGCCAGGUGCCAGGCCCUUGUCUGGGGGUGUUCUCCCAGUAGUAAAGAUAGUGUGUGACUGAACUAGCACGCUGUUCCCUGUAUAGUGCACUACUUUUGAGGGUACUAAGGUACCAUUCCUGACAAAUGUAUGGUGUGCUUUUUAAAGUUGCUGUUACCACCGCUUUCUGUCUUUUCUGUGUGUCUGUUAUCAUCAUAUUAUGGGUUGAAAUUGGCUUUCCUUUUGUUUCUACUAGCUUUUUGUUGCUGGAAAUUGUGACUUCAUCAAACAUUGUCAAAAAAUGCUUAUCAUAACCAAAGAGGGAUUGGGAAGUGUGUUUGCGUGCGUGUGUGCGUGCGUGUAUGUGUGUGUGCUUGCGUGCGUGCGUGUGUGUGUGUGUGUGUGUGUGUGUGUGCGUGCGUGUGUGCGUGUGUGUGUGUGUGUGUGUGUGUGUGUGUGUGUGCUGGUAGUUAUCCUUCAUUUCAAAGAUAUGGAGGAAAACUAGCAGGGAUCAUCCGUCAGUCACCACUGUUGUAACGAACGCAGUACUGGAGCUGAAAGUCACGUUUGUUUUCAAGUUCACUUCAUGACAAGAGUGUUGUUGAGUAUGCAAAUGUAUUAUUUUUAAAGAAAAGCUAUUGUAAAUAUAGUUUGUGAAUAUUUUUGUAUCAUCUUGAUAAAUCUUUGUCCUUUUACGUUAAUUAGUCAAAGUCCAACUGAUCUCAUCCUCCCGAAACAAACCCAACACUGCCUGUGGUUGGGUCUCAAAUUGCGCCCUAUUCCCUAUAUAGUAGUGUUGCCAUGAUGCCAGUAUCGCGAUUCUACGACACUCAAUUUUCCUUGGUAAAUAACUUGAAAUAUUGUGUUAACAGCUUCAAAAUAAGACUGUCAUUAUUAGGACUGUUUUCGUCAAAGACAUCGAGUCUCCUUCAUGUUUUGUUUCCUUUGCUUCCUUACUUCCUAGUAUCGCGACACGUCUGGUAUCGCGACACGUCUGGUAUCGCGACACGUCUAGUUUCGCGACACGUCUAGUAUCGCGACACGUCUAGUAUCGCGACACUUCUGGUAUCAUGACAAAACUACUAUAUAAUGUAAAACUGCUAUACAUUUGACCAGGGCCCAUAGGGAAACUCAUAGAGAUCCGGGUCAAUAGAAAUGCACGACAUCUUCUGUCUUCUCUCAUAGGUGAACCUAAUCCCCUCCAAAUGUCUCAUUGUCAGCUACAUACUGCAGACAUCUCUCUCUCUGUGGUGGUCCGUCCAUUUUAACAGAUAUCUCUCUCUGUGGUGGUCUGUCCACUUUUAACAGAUGUCUCUCUCUCUCUCUCUCUCUGUGUGAUCUGUCAUAACGAACCCCAGUGGACCCAUUUUAGAAUCUACUGUGUUCCUAGACAGCAACUGUACUGUAGCUUCUCUCUCUGCUGUUAGGUUGUGUCCCAAAUACGCUCCGUUUUGGGACGUAGCUUCUCUCUGUCUCCCACCUUCUUCGUCCCUGGUGUCAUUCAUAACAGACUAGCAUUCACAUUUUUAGGUUAAGAAUGGACAAUAAUGAUUCACAAAAACUGUGGUUGCUAUCCACUAUCCACUAUCAGAGAACUAUGUGAAUAUCAGAAUUGUUGCUAAUUAUUGUCAAUAUACAAGUGGUAUUUUAAAGAUAGCACAGCCUUAUGUUAAAGAAAAGUUGAUAUUGUUCUUAUUUUUGUUAUUGAAAAUGUUUUUUUUUUUAAAAGCUUAAAGACCAUUUACAUUUUGUUUCCCAUUUUUUAAAUGCUGUUUUUUUUUUUUGGAAGGGGGGUAAAUUAUUUUGUAUUGUUUUUAUUUUAUUUUAAAUGUAAAGUUAGACAUAUAAUUUAAUUUAACUGUAGCAAUGUACUGAUUAAAACAUCCUGGUAAUUGUAAACCUAACAUUUUAAACUUCAUUAUUGCUCUAGAAAUAGUUACAGUGCAAGAGAUAUUUCGAUAGAAUAGCUGAUAUUAAUGUGUAAAGCCUGUCACCUAAAUCAUGAAAUCAAUUGAUCAAUCUUCUUGGCAAAGGACUGCCAACAUCAACUUUUCUUUAAAAAAAAAAAUGAUAUCAGAA